AGAAAAAGGUUUUUGUUCGGGUGGGGCUAGCGGCGGAGUCCUCCGGCGGAGACGACACGGCAGCGCCGAUCACGCGCUCGCCCGCCCGUGCCCGUUGCUUCUGCAGAUUCCCUCAGCAGCACGUGCCGGCCUGGCCCCUCCUUCCCUCCCUCCGCCAAAACAAACAAAAACGCCGCGCACUCUCUGCCUUCCCCACUCCCCAGGCCAGGACCCCAGGCUCCCCCGAUCGGGUUCCCAAAAUUUGCAGCGCGGCAUCCCCUCCCGAAGUCCCGAGCAAGCGAUUGGCCGGGAGAUCGAUGUCGGCUGCUGAGGCGGCGGCAGCCGUGGGCAAGCGGGUGCUCGACACGGGCUGGCUCGCCGCGCGCUCCACCGAGGUCGCCCUCACUGGCGUCGAGCUCACCACCACCCACCCGCCGGACACCUCCGCCACCGCCCCAUGGAUGCACGCCGCCGUCCCUGGAACCGUGCUGGGGACGCUUCUCAAGAACAAGUUGAUUCCUGACCCGUUCUAUGGGUUGAACAACCAGGCGAUCAUCGACAUUGCGGACUCGGGGAGGGAGCACUACACAUUCUGGUUCUUCACCACCUUCCAGUGUGCUCCGGUAGGAAAUCAGCAUGUGAGUUUAAACUUCCGCGGAAUAAACUAUUCAGCAGAAGUGUACUUAAAUGGGCACGAAGAGGUACUUCCGAAAGGAAUGUUCAGAAGGCACACCCUGGAUAUUACUGAUGUUCUUCAUCCUGAUGGUAACAAUCUGCUUGCUGUACUCGUUCAUCCCCCGGAUCACCCUGGUACAAUUCCUCCCGGGGGAGGACAGGGCGGGGAUCAUGAGAUUGGAAAAGAUGUUGCUACACAGUAUGUUGAAGGAUGGGAUUGGAUCUGCCCAAUAAGGGAUCGAAAUACAGGUAUCUGGGAUGAAGUAUCAAUUUCCAUAACUGGGCCUCUGAAGAUAGCGGACCCCCAUCUGGUUUCAACUUUUCAUGAUGAUUUCAAGAGGUCAUACCUACAUUGUACACUUCAGUUGGAGAACAAAAGUUCAUGGUCCGCAGACUGUACAUUGAAGAUCCAAGUUUCAACUGAAGUUGAGGGUAACGUUUGCUUGGUGGAACAUCUUCAAAAUUAUGCAAUAACAAUUAAUCCCCAUUCAGUUCUAGAAUACACUAUUCCUCCUUUAUUCUUCUAUAAGCCGAAUCUGUGGUGGCCAAAUGGCAUGGGAAAGCAAUCCUUAUACAACGUUGAGAUUAGUAUAGAUAUCAAUGGAUUUGGGGAGUCUGAUUCAUGGAGUCACUAUUUCGGAUUCCGUAAAAUUGAGAGCACAAUAGAUGAUUCUACUGGUGGGAGGAUCUUCAAGGUAAACGGUGAGCCUAUUUUCAUCCGAGGGGGGAACUGGAUAUUGUCAGAUGGCCUGCUUCGGUUAACAAAGAAGCGAUAUAUGACUGACAUUAAAUUUCAUGCUGAUAUGAACUUCAAUAUGAUUCGCUGUUGGGGUGGUGGAUUAGCAGAGAGGCCUGAUUUUUAUCAUUUUUGUGAUGUCUAUGGUUUGAUGGUAUGGCAGGAAUUCUGGAUAACUGGAGAUGUUGAUGGCCGGGGCGUUCCAGUAUCAAACCCUGAUGGUCCUUUGGACCAUGGUCUCUUUCUUUUAUGUGCUAGAGAUACUGUCAAGUUACUCAGGAAUCAUGCUAGUCUUGCUUUGUGGGUUGGUGGCAACGAGCAAGUCCCACCAGUUGACAUUAAUAAAACACUGAAGAAUGAUCUGAAGCUACAUCCUAUGUUUAUAAGUUACCAGAGGACAAAAGCUCAAAAAAUAUGUUUAUCACAAGACUCCAGUGACCCAAGCAAAUACCUUGAUGGUACUCGAGUCUAUGUCCAAGGAUCAAUGUGGGAUGGUUUUGCCAAUGGCAAAGGUGGCUGGAGUGAUGGUCCAUAUGAGAUACAAUACCCUGAGAGCUUUUUCAAAGAUAGUUUCUACAAAUAUGGGUUUAACCCUGAAGUUGGGUCUGUGGGGGUUCCGGUUGCUGCAACUAUUAGAGCAACAAUGCCUCCAGAAGGAUGGAACAUUCCAAUAUUUAAGAAGAACAUUGAUGGGUACAUAAAAGAAAUUCCAAAUCCAAUAUGGGAUUACCACAAGUACAUUCCUUACUCAAAACCAGGGAAGGUCCAUGAUCAAAUUGAGCUAUAUGGCCGUCCAGAAGAUCUUGACGAUUUCUGCGAAAAGGCACAAUUGGUCAAUUAUGUUCAGUACAGAGCACUCCUGGAAGGAUGGACUUCAUUUAUGUGGACCAAGUUUACAGGCGUACUAAUUUGGAAGACGCAGAAUCCAUGGACCGGACUAAGAGGACAGUUCUAUGAUCAUCUCCAAGAUCAAACUGCUGGGUUUUAUGGUUGCCGUUGUGCCGCUGAACCAAUUCAUGUUCAACUGAAUUUGGCCAGUUUCUUUAUAGAGGUGGUGAACACUACGUCCAAUGAACUGACAAACGUGGCUGUAGAAAUUUCAAUAUGGGAUCUUGAUGGUGCAUCCCCAUACUACAAAGUUACUGAGAAAAUGGUGGUACCGCCAAAGAAAGUGAAGCAAAUUAUGGAGAUGGAAUACCCUAAGAUGAAGAAUGCCAAGCCUGUCUAUUUUCUACUACUUAAACUCGUCAGGCUGUCAGACAAGGAAGUACUCUCCAGAAACUUCUAUUGGCUACAUCUUCCUGGGAAAGACUACAAGUUGUUGGAACAGUAUCGGCAGAAAACAGUUCCACUCAAGAUUGGAUCUAAAGUUUACGUCUCAGGCCGUGCAUACACCGUAAGAAUGUCCAUAGAGAACAGGUCAAAUAAAUCAACAGCAGAAAGCGCAACCUCUGUAUCAACCAUGGAUCUGGUCGACGGAAACGGUUCCAACAGCAUUAGCGAAGAAACUAUUUGUGAGGGACAGGAAACUGGUCUGUGGAGCAAAAUACGCAGAGGCAUUGAUCUAGCAAGAUCAGGUGACAAACCAAGAACAGUUGAGGUGAACGGGACGGAUUCAGGUGUCGCAUUUUUCCUUCAUUUUUCGGUGCACAACUCUGAAUCAUCCACUCAGGAGAAUUACAGGGACACGAGGAUCCUUCCAGUCCACUACUCGGACAACUAUUUUUCGCUCACGCCGGGAGAGAAAAUGACUGUUGACAUCUCCUUCGAGGCUCCCGAAGGCUCCGUGCCCAGGGUCAUUCUGAGAGGAUGGAACUAUCACCUGUACCAUGCAGUGACGAUGUGAGGAGCGAUUUAUCUGUCAAAAUGUUAUCUUAACGAAGACUGUAAUAAGAUUCAUGUGAAAUAAGUACAUCCCUAAUAAAGUGCAGAGCAUCAGCAUAUGUCGUGAGCAGAA